AUGAAUCAGGUUAUUUUUAGUGAAUGGUUUUUUAACGUUUUUGUACCAUCUGUACAAAAAUUUCAGAAUGAAAAAGGAAUACCAAAAAGAGCUGUUCUUCUACUUGAUAAUGCUCCUUCACACCCCUCAGAAUCUACCCUGAAAACCCCGGAUGGUCAAAUUUUUGUCUACUAUCUACCACCUAACGUAACUUCCAUAAUACAACCAAUGGAUCAAGGCGUGAUUUCCUGUUUGAAACGAAGGUACAAAAAGAUUUUUCUCCGUUAUCUUUUGCAAGAAGAUUGUUUUGAUUCGAUGAAAGAACUUUUGAAAACGUGGACCAUAAAAGAUGCCAUUUUUGCAGUAUGUAAUGCUUGGGAAAAUGUACCUGCAACUACGUUAAGACUUUCUUGGGCGAAAAUUUUGGAUCAAGACUAUGAUGACGAAGAAAGUAACGAAGAUACGAUCGAUAAGGAUAUAAAAGCUUGUCUUGAUCUAGCUACAUCUAUUCCAGAUUUCACUAAUGUUAAUGAAGACGAUAUUGUUGAUUGGCUACAAAAAGAUCUUAACGAAGAGGGAUUUGAGCGUUUGAGUGACAGUGACAUAGCAGUUCGUUAUGGUAGCGUAAGUACACCAUCUACCUCACAACAGCCUGAUUCUUCUUCUGAGAGUGAUAAUGAAGAACAUUUUGAAAAAAUACAGACAAGCCAAGCAAUGGAAGCAGUUGAUGUCCUCUUGAACUUCUGCGAACAGGAAAAUUUUGACUUCCAUGACAUUAUUGGCUUAAGAAAAAUUAGAAGUGAAGUAAGGAAAAUUAUUUCAAACCAAAAAAAACAAAGACUUAUAACUUCAUAUUUUAAGCCCUAAUAACUUGUUGUAUAAAAUUAUUGUAUGUAUAUUAUGUAUGUAUACAUAUUUCUAAUUAUAAUUGAAUCAAAUUUUUAAAAUUUCAUUAUUAUAAAAUUGUACCUAUGUAUUUCUAAUUAAAAUUAAAUAAAAAUUUCAUUAUUAUAAAAAGUCUCGAUUAACCGUGAUUUUCAUUUAUCCGUGUGACCCCCUCCCCAUCAUUACCCCGGAUAAUCGAGGUUCCA